CCGUUCCACCUUCUAGAGCAUUCCAUCGUCUGCACUCUCCAGCACUCUCCACCGCCAACAAUGGGGAAAAAGGGGGCGCCGCCGACGCUGACGCCGAAGCAGGAGGAGCCGGCCAGGGUGCUGACGCUCAUCGAGGUGGAUCCCGCCAAGGUGGACCCUGCCGUCCUCGACGCCAUCAGGAAGAAGAACAGUGCUGCUCUUACCUCUAUGUUUGAUCCCCUCUGUGAGCUCUCCGAGAAAGACAGUUCAAAUACAGCUGAUACUGUUUGGUAUCUCGUCACAAAUGGCAACCAUGCAACUGGCAAUCUGAACCUGCUAAUGGACCUUGUGCCUGUGUGUGACCGUUGGGUCCGCCCCCUCAUGGGCAGAGGGCUGCCCAUGCAAGUCUGUGCACGGGGAUCUGUGAACUGCAAUGGGAUCAAGGUCAAUGAUGUAUGGUAUGUUCCUGGGGUCACGGCGAAUAUGGUGUCGAUUGCCCAUCUUACCGAUCAAGAACUUACAGUCAGUAUAGGUGACGGGAUCUGUUCUAUAAAGCGCCCUGAUGGCACUGAACUUGGCAAAGGACGUCGCAAAGGCCAUCUGUACGAGCUUGACUUUAUCAACACCAUUAGUGCAACUCCCUGGUACAUUGUCUCAAAUGCUGCUGAACACAUGACUGGCAACCUGCACCUCCUGACGAACUUCACUCCGACACAGCCAGGCCGCCCGAUUCGGACACACACUGGUGCUAUGUUGCAGGUACGUGGCAAGGGGUCCCUGACCUCUGCCCAGUUUGCCAUUCCUGGCAUCAACUACGUCCCAGGGCUCGCCGAGAACAUCAUCUCAGUCAUGCAGCUCACUGACAGUGGUUUCAGCGUCGCGUUCGGUCCCCAUGGCUGUGCCAUCACGAGGAACUGUGGCGGAGCGAAGGUUGGAGCAAAGGCUGGCUACGCGUUCCAUGCUGGCGGGCAGUUGUACCAGCUCGACUACCUGAGGAUCGCGCCUACUGUGAACACAAUUUUGUGAGGGUAACUAACCAAACGUAUGAGCUGCUAUAAAGAGAAUACUCAGAUGUCUUUUGCUGCAGACAAGUUAUCAUAUGGUUGUCUGUAGGAAAAACGUAGUUGUUUCAGUUAAGAUUCUGAUAAUGCUAUAGCUGUAUGAACCUGUGGAUUACUGGAUAGGUGAUCAUGGAUCUUGGACACGACCAA